AUUAACAACCGAAACGAUUUCCUUCCUAGUUCGAAGCAUGGGAGGAGAAUGAGAGCGGCGGUUCGCACGAAGCGGCCGCGGCGGCCACCGCCGGCGGCGGCGACGGCACAGCUGGCUUCCAGUUCCAGGCCGAAGCUGGAGAAGGCGCAGGUCCCUCUAACCCUCCCGCUGAAAUCCUUCAAGCUCCGCCUGGCCAACGGCCCGCCGCUCGCCCCCACGCCCAAGGCAUUCAAGUCCUACGCCGAGACCUGCGCCACCCUCCUCCGCCUCUGCCGCGCCACCGCCACCAGCCAUGCCGCGCCCGCCUCCUCCUCGUCCUCCUCCGACCGCCUGCCGCUCGCCCUCUCGCUGCACGCGCACACCGUGCGCUCCGGCGUCGCCGCCGACCGCUCCGUGGCGUCGCACCUCCUCACCACAUACGCCGCCUUCGCUCGCGCCGCGGAGCGCGACCGUGCCUUCGGGGACUGCGUUGCCGCGGACGCCGCCUGCUCCUUCACGUACGACUUCAUGGUGUCUGAGCACGUCAAGGCCGGGGACAUCGCCUCCGCUCGCAGGCUGUUCGACGGAAUGCCCGAGAGGAGCGUCGUGUCGUACACCACCAUGGUGGAUGCGUUGAUGAAGCGCGGGCGUGUGGCAGAGGCCGUCGAGCUUUAUGAGCAGUGCUCGUCCGGCUCCGUGGCCUUCUUCACGGCAACGAUUUCUGGUUUUGUGCGCAAUGAGCUCCACCACAAUGCUCUUGCCGUCUUUCGUAAAAUGGUCAGCUGCAGGGUGAGGCCUAAUGGUAUCACCUUUGUGUGCAUGAUCAAGGCAUGCGUUGGUGCAGGUGAAUUUGGUCUAGCCAUGUCCAUCGUGGGAUUGGCGAUUAAAUCAAACUUCUUCGAGAGCAGCAUCGAGGUACAAAAUUCUUUGAUCACGCUGCAUCUGAGAAUGGGGGAUGCAGAUGCAGCCCGUAAGGUGUUUGAUGAGAUGGAUGUGAAGGAUGUGGUCUCGUGGACUGCACUGCUUGAUGUGUACUCUGAGUCGGGUGAUCUUGACGGAGCUCGACGGGUUCUUGAUGCAAUGCCUGAGAGGAAUGAGGUCUCCUGGGGUACUUUGAUUGCUAGGCAUGAGCAGAGAGGGAAUGCGGCAGAAGCGGUGAAGCUGUACAGUCAAAUGCUGGCUGAUGGUUGUAGGCCAAACAUUUCAUGCUUCUCUAGUGUGCUCAGUGCUUGUGCUAGUCUCGAGGACUUGCGAGGAGGAGCAAGGAUCCAUGCCCGUAGCCUAAAGAUGGGCUCUAGCACCAAUGUGUUUGUAUCCAGCUCUCUGAUUGACAUGUACUGCAAAUGCAACAAGUGUAGAGAUGCGCAAACGAUUUUUGACACCCUCCCACAAAAGAACAUAGUGUGCUGGAACUCUCUCGUUUCAGGUUAUAGCUACAACGGGAAAAUGGUAGAAGCUAUGUAUCUCUUCAAGAAGAUGCCUGCAAGGAAUUUAGCUUCAUGGAAUACAAUUAUCUCUGGUUACGCGCAAAAUCGACAAUUUGUUGACGCGCUAAAAUCUUUCAAUGCAAUGUUGGCUUCGGGUCAGGUUCCAGGGGAAAUUACAUUCUCGAGUGUUCUUCUUGCUUGUGCAAACUUGUGCUCGUUAGUGACGGGCAAGAUGGCUCAUGCUAAGACCAUCAAGCUAGGAAUCGAGGAAAGCAUUUUUAUUGGUACUGCACUUAGUGACAUGUAUGCCAAGUCGGGGGAUUUACAGAGCUCCAAGAGGAUGUUUUAUCAAAUGCCUGAAAGAAAUGAUGUCACUUGGACUGCCAUGAUUCAAGGACUUGCUGAAAAUGGUUUUGCGGAGGAAUCUAUUAUUUUAUUUGAGGAUAUGAUGGCAACUGGAAUGAAGCCAAACGAGCAUACAUUUUUAGCUCUUCUAUUUGCUUGUUCCCACGGUGGUUUGGUGGAGCAGGCCAUGCAUUAUUUUGAAAAAAUGCAGGCAUGGGGUAUUUCACCUAAAGAGAAGCACUAUACUUGUAUGGUUGAUGUCCUAGCUCGAGCUGGUCGUUUGGCAGAGGCAGAAGCUCUUCUGAUGAAAACCCCAAGUAAAUCAGAAGCAAAUUCAUGGGCUGCCCUUCUGAGCGCUUGCAAUACUUACAGGAAUGAGGAGAUUGCUGAGAGGGCUGCAAAGCGGCUUCAUGAGUUGGAGAAGGAUAAUACAGCAGGUUAUGUGCUACUCUCGAAUAUGUAUGCAUCAUGUGGAAGGUGGAAAGAUGCUGCCAGGAUAAGGGUACUGAUGAAAGGGACCACACUCAAGAAAGAUGGAGGGUGUAGCUGGGUUCAAGUAAGAGGUCAAUAUCACGCCUUCUUUUCUUGGGAAGCAAAGCAUCCACUGUCAAUGGAAAUCAACGAGAUCUUGGAUUUACUAAUGUGGGAAUCGUCUCUUGACUUUGUUUCGUCAGUAGAUUACCAGUGUGGACAGCCUUAGACAAAAUAGAUCAUUUAUUCAGUUCAUCAUACAGAUAAAGGUAGCAAGAUGGAGCUACUUCCGGAGAAUGAUCUUGAGGAAUUUGAGUUUCGCUCCCUUUAUGUUGGUUGUCUUGAUGUACAUCUGCUCUGCAAAUUCUAUAGCAGGUUCGUGAUUGCACUCACUGAGGAGUAUACUUAGAAAAUCUGGCUGAUUUAGCUGGCCAACGAUUUUGAGCAGUAUUAUCACCAUGCUAUGCUUCACCCUGCUCCUGGAGCAUUAUCGCUUUGCAUGGUCUUGAUAACCUGGAGUGUAGACUUUUCUGCUGUACUUCAUAUGAUUUGAUUUGACGUGAAUCGGUUUCAGAUGAACAGCAGAGAAAACGGGACUCAGCAUUCUCGGUGUCGUAUUUGCCUGCUAGCACAUCUUUUCUGGGCUCCACUGCUAUGCAUUGAUUUGUCUGACCAAUUGGAACGGUUUGGACUUUGGAGGAUGUAAAUAUACCACAGAAGGCGUGUCAUGUGACAAGCCUGCCCAAGCAUAGAGUAUGACGAGCUAGUGUGUUUGAACCUGCUGUUGGAAUGGGUAAACCCUGUCAGCAUUUUUUCAGCUGGACAAGGAGGAAAAGCUGCAUCAAGUUGAGAAAGAUCUCCAGAUUUGGUAGACAUCACGCGGUCUACGGGAAAGUGUGCCGAUCCUUCGAUUCCAGCGAGCUGACAGGACCGCGGGAAUUGGCCGGACGGU